AUGGAAUAUAUGGGAAUUAUGAGAAUUAUGAGAAUUAUGGGAAGUAUGGGAAUUAUGAGAAUUAUGGGAAGUAUGGGAAGUACGGGAAUUAUGAGAAUUAUGGGAAGUACGGGAAUUAUGAGAAUUAUGGGAAGUAUGGGAAGUACGGGAAUUAUGAGAAUUAUGGGAAGCAUGGAAAUUAUGGGAAUUAUGGAAAAAAACGAAAUAUUACAACUAGGCAUGCAACAAUCCCAAGCAUGGGCUUGGCAAUCGGUACCAGGCCGAUUCGGUACCUAG